UUUCUUAAUCUACCUCUGUUUCUAUUACUUAGGUUUUCUUUAUACGACCUGAAACUCUGAUGCGGGACUUCGCAAUUUGUGGUUUCUUUGGCUUUGUUUCAGCUUUUUCAAUUAUUAGAAAAUUUGGGUUUUUAUUUUUUUUUAUUUUUGGAAUAAACUGAUAGGCCCCUAUCAUAAACUUUUGAUUUUUCUUGCCUUGCAUUUUUUAGCAUGUUUUGAAACGAAAGGAAGUGAAUAUAUAGAAAAUCUUGAUACUAUGUUUCUAAAACAGUAUGAAAUGACGGCUCACAGCUAUAUUAUUCGAAUUCGGGUGUGAAUGUUGGAAUCUCCUUCACCAGCCAUCUCUUCUGCAAGUGUAUCCCUCAACAGUAGAUAUGACUUUUAUAGAAGAUGGCUCCAAACUCAACCUGAUCCUUCUGGCCUGGCUAUUGACAACACCGAAAAUCAAGAAGCCGACAGUUUAAAGCCUGCUUCAGCUAAUGCACCUUCGGAGACAAAUGAUUUUGCCAUGAAGCAUACUGCUAUAUCUAACUUGAAAACAUCUGCAAGGCACGAUCUUGCCAUGAUAUUCACGUGCAAAGUCUGUGAAACGAGAUCAGUUAAGACAGUUUGCCGUGAAUCAUACCAGAAAGGUGUGGUUGUGGUGAGAUGUGGAGGAUGUAAUAAUUUACAUCUGAUUGCAGACCGGCUCGGUUGGUUCGGUGAACCAGGAAGCAUAGAAGAGUAUCUAGCUGCUCGUGGGGAGGAAGUGAAGAAAGGCUCAGUUGAAACCCUGAAUCUAACUCUUGAAGAUUUAGCUGGAAAGGGAGCCCUUUAACUGAAAUUUCGCGACUGUUGUAAACAAACAUAGUUCAUAUAUAAAUGGUUAGAUUUUCCUUUUUGGUUUUUAUCAAUUUAAAUAAUUGAUUUUAGACGAGAUCUCGAUUGAUUUUUUUUGAAUGAGGUAUCAUUUAUGUUCA